AUGGCCGAGACGUUCGCACUGGACAUGCAGGCGGCUAGGCCCCCGGAGGGUCCAACAUCCAUCUUCCCCACAGACAGAAAGAGGAGACCACCGAAGCUGAGACGAAAGGUUCCUCGAGAAACAACAGUGGAGAUCCUACCUGACUCGGAGGGGAACUCCACUUCUCGCUCAGAUCAGGCCAUAUACAAGCGAAGCAAGCACAGGUCGCUCUCCUCACAGUGUGAGUCCGACCACGAAUACGAACACGAACGUCCCUCACCGUCGACCGGGCCCAGCUCCCCGGAAGAUAAUAGCCCCGGACACCAAGCUGUUGUUUUCGACUACGAGUGCGACGCGCCGGAUCGCGCGGUGCAGAGACAUGAUCGCUAUGAGCAGCGGGUUGAUGGAGCUGGUGAGAAUCGUGACAGCCAAGAGCUCGUUCAGGACAUCAGUACCAAGGCCGUUGGGGUGGUUGGGGACAGCGCUGGAGCUAUCGGUGCGACUGCGGGCAACCUGGUUGGGAGUACGCUCGCGAUGUCGUCGUCCCGGCGAGACGCCAGCCAGAGAGAUGAGCAACUCCGCCUGCGACUCGAUUUGAAUCUGGAUUUGGAAAUCCAGCUCAAGGCGAAGAUUCAUGGGGAUUUGAUGUUGCAGCUUCUGUAUGGCCUCCCCGCUCACUUGUUUCGUUUUGUUUGUUGUCAAGGAGUGUCAUCCACGGCUGACUGGUUGGUCUCUUUUUUCUCGGAAAUGAAUGAUAGAGAGGUGUGUUUGGCGUGUAUACUGUCAUACUUGUUCGUGGCGGGGUAG